ACGCCCAGCCUGGUGUAGGAAGUCGCAGCAGAACAUUUAGGAUCUGUAGAGCGACCUGUUGACAGCAAUUCACCUCUCACACCCCGGCUGACCAUCCGGACCACCUCUCACAAUGGCCAACAUCCCCGCCAUCCGUCUGUACCGCCGGUCACUCAAGCUGGCCCUUGACUGGUCCGUCCACCGUCACCUCUGGCGCGGUCAGGCCUUGUACAUCCGCUCCCUCUUCGAAGCAAACAGCAACGUCCGCGAGCCGAGACAACAGAGAAUCCUCUUCGACCAGACCGAAGAACUUCUCAAGCAGUGGAAGCACCCCGACCCAUACCGUCCUCCCACUGCUCCUGGUGGCAGCAAGUUCGAGCGUAACUUGCCUUGCCCCAUCCUUGAGCCUCCUCCGCCAGGCUGCUAAAUGUAGAUACCACAAGCCUUAAAUCGAUACCUUUUCUUUUCCGUUCAUGAAACAAUUGCUCCCUUCAAGUCUUCCUUCGCUAUUACCUACACAUUAGAGCAGAAUAGUCUUGUACAACUUGAAGCUACAGAGCACUUUUCCCAUCCGCUAGAGUAAGAAGUAAAAGGUAGGAGUAGUGGUUUGAUCCAACUUUCUUCUCCCACGCAACGG